ACGUAAAUGUCCAGUCAUGAAUCCCUGACUCCUUGUCUGUGUUCCUGUUAGCAGAGCAGCAAGGGGCAGAAAAGUCAGACAGACACAUCGGGUGUUUGCUCUGAGGCGCUGUCUUCACUGAGAAGAAUUUCCUCUCUGGCUCAAAUUCUACUUUGAACCUGGUUGCUUUGUUGUUUUUUUCCUCCCUCCCUACACUUGUUACUACGACGGAAAAGCAUCUGAUCUAUACCCAGUAAAAAACAGUCAUGGAAUGAGUGUGAUAAAAUAUAAGACACGUUUCUGACUUAUCCUUUCAGAAAAAUGUGUAGGAUACUACGAUAAACCAUUAGCGGAAAUGAAGUUAGGCUCUUACAUUUCUCAUAUUUUCUGAGUGCUACAUGCCAAGCACAGAGUUGGUUAGGAGAGGAUGUGGAAAUGGGCCAGAAUGGGCCUAUAGUUUUGCCCAAUCAGACCAAUGUGUUGUUAGAGGGCAGGACUGGUCAGUGGGAGUGUAUCAGAGAGAAAACCAUAUAAAAGACAUCGGGGGCUUCUGUGCUUUAAAUACCCAUCCUUCUGUUUGUCCAUCAGUCCAUCGGUUGGUCUCUCCGCUCUCUGUGCUGCUCAGUUUGUACCCGGUCUCCUGCAUCAUGCUGGUUCGAGCUCUCCUGCAGACGUCGCUGGUUCUCUGGUUGGCUCAGCAAACUCUGCAAGGCGGGGUUAAACCUCAGCCUGUGUCCUGGGGGAGAGUGAUGCCAGCCAGAGGUGUUGGCGUCGGAGUAAAACCUGGAGGCGCCCUUGCAGCACUGGGGGGCCAGUAUGGCAGCAAAGCAAUGAAGACUGGGGUUGGACAUUAUCCCGGGGCUCAUCUUGGAGUUGGGGGUUACAGAUCUCUUGGAUUAGGAGGUAGAGCAGGCCUGAAGCACGGUGGAUAUGGAAACCACCAGGGAGCCAAUGGUGCCAGCCUGGGCACAGGAAUGCCACUGGGGACUGGACUUACAAAUGGCCAGGGACUGGGCAUGGGCCAGGGAGGGAAACGUGCUUAUGGUGCUGGCGUUGGCACUCAUCCAGGAUAUGGGGCUGUAGCCGGAAACGGCUAUCCUGGACCCCGACCAGGAAUUGGACUUGGGUAUCCCACUGGACAGAGGGCUAAGGAACAAAAACCUGGUUAUAAUGGUGGAGCAGGGAACUAUCUGGGAGCAAGCCUGGGCCCUGGGGGCUAUGGAGCAGCUUUGGGACACGGAGCAUACCCAGCCGGUGCAGCUGGCAAACUUGGAGCUAAUGCUGCACUCGGACAGGGUGGGUACCCUCAAAGUGUCGCAGGGAAGUCAAAUGGCUAUGGUGAGGGAGCAACAGGAUACCUGGGUGCUGCAGCAGGCAAUGGCUACGGUUACGGGAAUGGUUACAGCGAUGGUUACGGAGCAGGGCUUGGUUACCCUGCAGACUUAACUGAUGGUGCUCGGAACAAAGCAGGGAGGAACGAAGGCGUCAAUCCAGGAGGAUACGCUGGACAGGUCCAGGGGGCAUAUGGAGCACCACUUGGUGCAGAGCUGGAAUCAAAUGGUGGCAAAUAUGGAGGAGGAGCUGCUCAGGUUCCCUAUGGUAAUGCUCCAGUGAUUCCUAGCGGCCCUGAAGGUGAGGGGGGCUACCCGUACUCCGCUCAACAGCUCAGCCUCAAUGCCGAAGGUGCCAAAAGUGCCAACAAAUAUGGAGCUGGUGCAGGAUAUGGACCUCAGCAAACAGGCUAUGGCGCACAGAUGGGAGCGACUCAAGAUGCCUUGGGAGAGCAGGCUGGCAAAUAUGGUGGAGUGAACGGUGCCCUUGGAAAUGGAUACAAAGGCUAAUUCAAAUGACCUGAACCUCUUCAAGUGGAUCAUUUCCAUAAUAUGUUCAUUGUAAUGUGUUUGAAAGUUUUUUGUGCGUUUCGCUCCAUUUUGUCCUGUUGUGUUGUCUGUUUGGUCUUUUGUUUUAUUUUUCUUAACCCUCAUUGUCUUUCUCUGUAAGUGGACAUUUGUUACCCAUGUCCUACUCUCGUCUCGUUGGUCCAAAACCUGUCAAUGCUAAAAAAUCAGUGGUGAACAUAAGCAGAUGAUGAGUGCAAGAAAAUUGUGUCUGUGUUUUAAAAUUAAUGUUAAAAUGAAUAUUUUACUGUUUUAACCCAAUAAA